GCGUGUGUGUGUGUUUGGAUGAAGUUGGUGGGGGGGUUGUCUGGGAGGCCUGCCCGCUCCCCCUCAUCCCUACUCCCGACAGAUGGCAGCACCACCAUGGCGGAGGACCAGGAGGUGGUGAAGCUAGAGUUGUUGUGCAAGCAGCUUCACGAGGCUAACGAUGGCGUUCAGCGGCAAGAAGCAGAAAAGGCAUUGGUGGAAUUUCAGUCUGGGCGUGGAGCUGCUACUCUCAGUCAGUGUCAGCUGCUCCUAGAUCGAGCUCAGUCAUCUUACUCUCAAUAUUUGGCAGCUACAACACUAACCAAGCUUGUCUCAAGAAACCCGUGUACAUUGUCACUGCAGCAGAGGAUUGAUAUCCGAAAUUACGUUUUAAAUUACCUGGCAACUCGUCCUAAACUUGUUCACUAUGUGACUCAAGGCUUGGUGGUGUUGUUUGGACGCAUCACUAAACUUGGCUGGUUUGAUGGCCUAGACAAGGAAAAAUGGGCAUUCAGAAAUGUUGUAGGGGAUGUAUCUCAGUUUCUUCAGGGUUCAGUGGAGCACUGUGUUAUUGGAGUGCAACUACUUGCCCAGCUCACUGCAGAGAUGAACCAGAUCUCUGAAUCAGAUGCAAAUAAAUCCCUCACUAAACACCGCAAAAUAGCAAGUUCAUUUAGAGAUACCCAGCUCUACGAUAUCUUCCAGCUCUCCUGCACACUUCUUAGAACAGCCUUAGAAAAUUCAAAGACACUUAACUUCAACGAUGAAAGCCAGCACGGAUUAAUGACGCAUCUUCUUCGGUUAGCUCUAAACUGCCUUACGUUUGACUUUAUUGGUACAUCUGUGGAUGAGAGCAGUGAUGAUCUGGGGACAGUUCAAAUCCCCACAUCGUGGAGACCGGCUUUUCUGGAUUUUUCUACAGUUCAGCUAUUCUUUGACCUUUAUGCCUCGCUCCCUGCUACACUGUCACCUGUGACAUUGUCAUGCUUGGUUCAGAUAGCCUCUGUGAGGCGAACUCUUUUUAGCAAUGAGGAACGAGCAAAGUUUCUCUCUCAACUAGUCAAUGGUGUUAGGAAUAUACUACAAAAUCCACAGGGCCUGAGUGACCCAUCUAACUACCAUGAAUUUUGCCGGUUGUUACUGCGACUGAAAAGCAACUAUCAGUUGGGUGAGCUUGUAACGGUUGAACAUUAUCCAGAUGCCAUACAGCUGAUAGCAAAAUUCACUGUCGAGUCAUUAAACAUGUGGCAGUUUGCCCCAAACAGUGUUCACUACUUACUGUCCCUGUGGCAGCGUAUGGUUGGAUCUGUACCCUAUAUGAAGGCUACUGAACCACAUCUCCUAGAAACCUACACACCCGAGGUUGUGCGUGCUUAUGUGUCUUCACGGCUGGAGAGCGUGGGUGUGGUAUUACGUGAAGGCCUGGAUGAUCCAUUAGAUGAUGUUACUGUUAUUCAACAACAGUUAGAUCAGCUGUCUACAAUAGGUCGCUGUGAGUACGCAAAAACAUGCGCACUCUUGGUGCAGCUGUUUGAGCAAACUGCCCAACGUUACCAGGAGCUAAUAUCUACUCGUAUGAACAGCCGGUCCCAACAACACUCAAUGGAGGAAAUAGCAAUAUUAGAAGGUCAGUUAACAUGGUUGGUCUAUAUGAUUGGGUCUGCAAUUGGUGGUCGUGUGUCAUUCAACACCAGUGAUGAUCAUGAUGCCAUGGAUGGGGAAUUAGUAUGUAGGAUUUUACAACUGAUGAAUUUGACUGACACAUACUUGCCACAAGGAGGAUGUGAGCGCAGAGAGUUAGCAACUAUAUCUUUUUUUGAGCAGUUUCGGAAAAUAUACGUGGGAGAUCAAGUUCACAAGACAUCAAAAUUCUAUCGGCGUCUGUCAGAAAUUCUUGGCCUUAAUGAUGAGUCCAUGGUAUUAGCAGUAUUUGUUAGAAAAAUUAUCACCAACCUGAAAUAUUGGGGCCAUUGUGAACAAAUCCUGACACGCACCUUGACUCUUCUGUCAGACCUGUCCAUCAGUUAUAACAGUGUCCGUAAACUUGUCAAACUUGAGGAGGUGCAAUUCAUGCUCAAUAACCACACGAGAGAAUUCAGGGUGCUAAAACAGUCUGGCCCUCAAAAUAGUGAACACUUCCCAUUCCUGGGAGUAGGAGUCUCGGUGCAGGAAAUGAGAAGUCGAACUCUAUUUUAUACAUCUCUUGGGAGAUUACUAAUGGUGGAAUUGGGGGAGGAUGAGGAGAAAUUUACACAGUUUAUGAUCCCUAUUACUAGUGCAUUUGACAGUGUAGGUCGACUUCUAGCUCAAGCAGAAACGCCAAUGUUCCAGGCAGAAGAGGCCAAAAAAGGAUUAAUAGGUCUUGCAAGGGAUUUACGUGGAUUAGCAUAUGCAUUUAACACAAAGACAUCCUACAUGAUGCUGUUUGACUGGAUAUACCCAACAUAUACUGGCGUCCUAGUGAGAGGGGUGGAAAUUUGGAGUCAUGACCCUCAGGUCACCACGCCCGUUCUCAAACUUUUUGCCGAGUUGGUACAGAAUAGAUCUCAGAGACUUCAGUUUGAUGUCUCGUCACCCAAUGGUAUCCUGCUUUUCCGAGAGGCCAGCAAAGUCAUCUGUACAUAUGGUUCAAGAAUUUUGGCCCAAGGAGACAACAUUCCAAAGGAUCAAAUAUACCCUAUGAGACUGAAGGGCAUCAGUAUCUGUUUCUCUAUGCUCAAGGCAGCCUUAUGUGGCAACUAUGUCAACUUUGGAGUCUUUCGCCUAUAUGGUGAUGAUGCCUUGGACUCUGCAUUACACACUUUUGUUAAACUGCUGCUGUCAAUUCCUCAGUCUGAUCUCUUGGUAUACCCAAAGCUGUCUCAGACAUAUUAUGUGCUAUUGGAAUGUCUUGCUCAAGACCACAUGAAUUUCUUAUCCACCUUAGAACCCAAUGUUUUCCUGUAUGUCCUCUCAUCUAUAUCUGAAGGACUCUCUGCUAUAGAUCCUGUGUAUGACACAAUGGUCUGCAGUGGUUGCUGUGCAACUUUGGACCAUAUAGUCACUUACCUGUACAAACUUUUGCACCAGAAAAGCAAAAAAGGCACAGUAGACCUGGAGACUGAUGCCCUGGUUAAGGUCAUGAAACACCAGCCAUCCAUCCUCCAACAGAUGUUAGCCACGGUUCUCAACAUCAUCAUGUUUGAAGAUUGUAGAAACCAGUGGAGUAUGUCCCGUCCACUUCUGCCACUAAUCUUAUUAAAUAAUGAGUAUUUUGGCCAGCUGAGACAACAGAUUAUCAGUCAACAAGCACCAGACAAACAAGGGGCGAUGGCACAGUGGUUUGACAGCCUUAUGGAGGGGAUUGAGCCAAAUCUUCUCACAAAAAAUAGAGAUAAAUUCACACAAAAUUUGUCAGUUUUCCGUCGUGACAUAAAUGACUCCCUGAAGGGACCAGUUACUAGUAGUGGUGGAAGUAGUGGGAGUGAAAUGAUGACAUCGUGACGUCAACACUACCACCAAAACGGUCUCAACUGCAACCCCUCCCAUAACACCUACCACCACCGUCGCCGCUGCUAUUCUCUCUCCACCACGGCCACAUUUACAGAUUCUGCAAUGACUAACACGACCAUUAAUGUUGUUGCAGAUUCCAAUAGCAAUCAUUAUGCUAAUAUGUGGUUGACAUAGUUACGACAUUAUGGAGUCACUUUGACUUUGCCAAUUUUGAAUCAUAUUUUGUAAUUAGGGAAGUUUUGCAAAUGAAAGGUUACUUUUUUGUACAGAAAUGACAAAUGGGACCUGACAAAACUAUAGUAGCAUUAUGUGUUUUUCUUAAUUUAGAAUCAUCACAGUCUCACCAAAGGAAUCAUGUAAUGUCUGUCCAUGGUAGAAAGUGUGUUAAUAUCCAUGUGCAUCCUGACCUGAGCAAACAUACUGUGCCUCCCAGUUCUUCAUAAGGAAGAAUUUAGCAAAUGGUCUUGUACUCAGUAAUGUAUACUAAAUUUCCAGGUGUAAUGAAUGUACACUUUCUCAUCACUUGCCUGUGGAUAUGAUUUGAGUCAUCUCUCUAUCUUAAUGAUUUACGAGUGAUAUGCUUAGACAUCUUGUGAGUGAGAUAUGUAAAGUUAGCUGUAGGAAAAUUUACCUCCUUUGAAAAGUGAUGCCUUCAUAGGAGACUUGUUUUGUUAGGUCACUUAAGUCGUGAGAUAUGUGAGCAACAUUUUGGUUAUACAAGCCAUACCAUCAGGGAAAGGAUGCAUUCAGAGGAAAAGUUUUAUUCAUUCUUAUUUUGUUAAUUUUGGAUGUUUUAAGAGCAUAAUUUAAUGAUUGGUUAUGUUUUAACAACUUUGAUAAUGUGUUUGUACAAGCAGAAACAGAUGUCAGGAGGUGGUACAUUAAGUUUGCCUUCAUUUUUAACUUGAAGUGGUAUGUGAAUACUCAGUCACUAUGAAAUGAUGUUAUGGAAGUAUUUCGAUGGUAAAAUGGACGUGUUUGACAACAUCAAGCUGGUUAGUGUUGCUUAAAAUAUAGAAUUGACAUAUUUUAGCCAGUUCACACAUCUCAUACAACAUCAGUACCCGUGUUUCACAAUAUUCAUCUUGUCAUUAGAAAAAUACACAUAUGUUCAAACUUGUAAAUUUGAUUUUAUGUACAUAAUUAAGAGAAAUUGUGCUAAGAGUUCUCUUUUUACAUUGCUAGAAGUUAUUUGCAAGUUAGUGUAUACCUCAUUCACAAACUCUCUUGACCAGAUAUGCAAGAUAUGUCUCAGUAAGAAAAUAGAGGUUUGCACUUUGCCAGGUCUUUCAAAUUGAAUGUGAGCCUCUUUAUAUACAAGGAGUGCAAAUGUAAGUACAGUACCUAUCAGACAGUAUAAUAUGCCCCCCAACCCAUAUGUACUGAAGGAGACUUGUACAAUGUUUCUGUGAUGGAAUGACAUAUUGUUUAAAUAAAAGAAUAAAGUUU